AUGAAAAAAAUAAACAACAACAUUCUGAAUAAGGACACCUCAAUAAAUGAAACACUAAAAAAACAGGACAGCAAAAAUCGUGAAUUCGAAAAUAGAAUUGCAGCUCUUAAAGACGAGGCAAAUGACCUGGAACAAUAUGGACGAAGAAUGAUGGUUACAAUCAAGGGCAUCCCAAGAAUAAAUGACGAGGACACAAAUGCAAUAGUUGUUGAGAUAAGCAAACACAUAAUGGAAAUUCCCUUGUCGAUUGGGGAUAUUGACAUAUCCCAUCGGACAUCAAAGGAUAAAGAUGCCAGUAUCAUUGUCAAGUUUGACAGCCGGAAAAAGAGAGAUAGUUUCUACAAUUGUCGCCAUGAACUGUUCUCAAAAAAAAUCACAACAGCAGAUCUGGGAUAUAAUGACACAAAAGCAAAUAUAUAUAUUAACGAAAGUUUGACAGCUAAAAACGGAGAUCUCUACAGUCAUGCGAGAAAGAAGCUCAAAAAUACCAAGUUAUAUAAAUACGUAUCGACAAAACAUGCAUCAGUAAAAGCUAAAAAAGAUGACAGUUUGAACUCAAAAACAGUGACAUUGCUAACUAAAGAGGAAAUAAACAAGCUAUAUUAUGACUCGUACCAGAACCAACAAAAUGAUCAAAUCAAUGAAUGA